AUGGAUAAGCCUUCUGGAGCGAAGGAUUUCUUCGACAUCUCCGACAAGUUGAGCGCCCCGGCCAAGAAAUCAUUGCGCGAGAGACAGAAGGAAGAAGCGGAAGCAAAGCGCAAGCGUGAGGAGGAGGAGGCUAAGAUAGCUCUCAAAGACUUUCAAAAGUCUCUCGGAGUCGACGAGGAUGAUGACAAUGAUGGAAAACCGACCGAUUCAGGUCCUACACGGAUUGGUUCUGGCAGACAUUUCACGCCAAGAGGUCCUAGGGCCAAUAGUGGUCCAGGAAGUCUAGGGCCUCCACCACCAUCUCUGUCCAGGAAGAGAGCACUAGAUGGCUCACACAAGGACAGAGAACAUGGUCUGCUUGCCUACAGCAACUCUGGGCCUCUCGAUGCAGCAACUGCAUUCCGAGACUCAGACGAUGAGGAUGACCGCCCUACAAGCUCAAAGGCAGCGGAGAAGGCAGUCCCCAAACCCACUAUGCGCCUGUCGUCGUUACCGCCUAGCAUCACAGCUGCGGAGAUCAAAGCCAUGAUACCCUCGGCGCUUACUGUGGAAGCUGUGAACAUCAGCAAGAAUCUUGACUCCAGAUCCAAUGACCGGAAAUCGACGACUGCAAUAGUUACGCUCGCGCAGAACACUCCGGCAAAAGAUAUCGACUCCGUCGUGAACGCAUUGGAAAAGCGCUACUUAGGGUUCGGCUUCAAUCUCUCCAUCUCACGACAUUUGUCAUCAGUAUCGCUGGACGCGCCUGCGCCGGGGCUUGCCAAUGUGGUCCCUUCAUCUCUACCCUUCGGCGCAAAGUCCAUCCCAGGAGCCCCAGGUCAAUCCAUGAGCCGUGCCCCCCCUCCACCUUCACUUCGUGGCAACCAGCAGUUUCAUCCACCCUAUGGUUCCACUCAAUCUCAUUUCGGAAGGGCUUCGGUGCCGACUCAGGUCACAGUUAAGCCACCUUCAGAUAUAAAGCAACUCAAGCUUAUCAACAAGACUAUCGAAUCUCUAUUGAAGAACGGCCCUGAGUUUGAGGCAUUGCUCAUGAGCCGACCAGAGGUCCAGAGAGAGCAGAAGUGGGAAUGGCUGUGGAAUGCGCGCUCUCCCGCCGGUGUCUGGUAUCGCUGGAAACUUUGGCAAACCAUCACUGGGGAGGAGACGAUACCAGAUGCGCGUAGUCGUUUCAGGGCUUUAGAGCAAAGAAUCUUCUAUGAUAGUGCUCCUUGGAUUGCUCCAGACCAGCCCUUGCCAUUCGAGUUCACCACGAAGUUUGAGGAGUUUGCAUCAGAUCCCGAGUACGAUUCCUCAGAUGAAGAGGCAUCAGAUGAUGAUGGCCCUCGACGUCCGCAGCACGUCUCUGGAGGCCCGCCCGAGGCUGGAAUGGAUACCGACGACGCACUCAAGUCGUAUCUGAACCCUUUGAAGAAGUCUAAACUCACCCACUUAUUAGCUCGCUUACCAACAACGACAGCCCGUCUUCGCAGGGGCGACGUGGCCCGGGUUUCCUCGUUUGCUAUCAGCCAUGCCGACAAGGGUGCCGAUGAAAUUGUCAAUAUGCUUGUCACGAACAUUCAAAAGCCCUUCUCAUUGACCAGUGCAAACCCGGACCGUCAGAAACAGGAGGAUGAGGCAGAGCAAGAAGAAAAUGGGGAGAAGAAGGCUGAAAAGGAGGACCCGUCAUCAGCAAAGCUCAUUGGCUUAUACAUCAUUUCGGACAUCUUCGCGUCUUGUGGCACAUGUGGAGUACGUCAAGCCUGGCGCUACCGGGAGUGGUUCGAAGCAGCGUUCAAGAAGCGCAAGCUAUUCGAGCACUUGGGCCGGCUUGAGAAGGAUCUGCAGUGGGGUCGGUUGCGAGCAGAGAAGUGGAAGCGGAGUAUAAACAAUAUCCUUUCGAUGUGGGACGGUGGCAAUGUCUUCUCACCUGCAGCACAGGCACACUUUGUGGAGGUAUUCAACAAUCCACCAAUGACAGAAGCAGAAACGCAAGCGGCCGAGAAGGCAGAGCGAGAGGCUACCAAAGCUGCGGCAAAAUCAAAAUGGAAGCCGGUUGAAGUGCAGGCAGAAAUUAGGCAGGAAGAACAGAAGGACUCUCCAGCUCCUGCUGGCGUGGACAGCAAGGAAGACGAUGUCGAUGGCGAACCUAUGGCGGAGGACAUUGAUGGCGAGCCGAUGGGAAAUGGGGAUGUCGAUGGCGAGCCGAUGGACGAGGAUGUGGACGGUGAGCCUAUGGAGGGCAUUAAGAGCGACAAGGCGGACGCUGACGUGGACGGUGAGCCUAUGAAGGAGGGAAGUUCAGGUCAGGCGCCCACGGGUGAGGCAACAGGCACAUACGACGGUGCCGGUGAGACGGAGGCGGCAAGGGCUCGUAGGCGGCGCCCGAAGGCGGAGGACAUGUUUGCGGACUCAGAAGACGAGUAG